UUUAGCACACAUUUUUAUCAUGAAAUGGAAAAUAUGUGAAAACAAUUCUCUUCCAUUGAUGUAAUUUCAUUUUUGUCAAACAUAGUCAUUUAAAAGUCAAGAAGACACAAAGAAAAACAUAUUGUAGUUUGGGUGAACCUUUGCUGAGACAACUCAAAUACAGAAGAUGAACAAGCAGCAUUCAUUAGACAGACUAAGGAAAGACAUCGGAAACUGUGAGAAACAUCUUAAAGAAUCUGCAAAGAUGAGCAACACCACCACCAGUGUCUCAGAAUUUAUACUUCAAUGUGCCAUUGAAUCAAACCAGAAGACCAUUACGAUUUAUGUUCUUGGAUUCAUUUACUUCACCUCCGUGUUUGGAAAUCUACUGGUGAUCUUGGUAGUAAUCCUGAACCAUCAACUCCAUGCACCAAUGUACAUUUACAUCAGCACCUUGGCGGUGAUAGACUUAGCAAAUGGUUCAAUUCUUAUACCGAAGAUGCUCUCUGUUCUUCUGCUUGACUCUUCAGUGGUGCCUUAUGCAGCCUGCGUGUUGCAGAUGUUUCUUUUGUUUCAUGUUGAGGAGAUGGAAUCCCUUCUCUUAGCGUUUAUGGCCUUUGAUCGAUAUGUAGCUGUCAUCUACCCUUUGUGGUACCCUUCACUUAUUACUAAUAAAAGAGUUGGCAUUGGUAUCUUAGUAACAAAUAUUGUUGGCCUAAUUUUGAAAUCUCCAAUCCUCUUUUUUGUUGGUGAACUUUCAUUUUGCCACACCAACAUCCUUCCUUUCUGUUUCUGUGAUUAUGGUACAAUUGUCCGAGUGUCAUGUAAUGAAGAUCCCAAAUAUUUAACAUCUUUGGCUGCUGGUGUGGCUACCACUGGUGCCUUCCCACUAUUUUUAAUUCUUCUGUCCUACAUUCGAAUUGUUAUAGAAGCUUUGAAGAUUUCUUCGGCAGGUGGAAGAAGUAAGAUUUUCAGCACUUGCUUGACCCACCUGGUAGUGGUUGGACUCUUUUAUAUUCCACUUCUACUGUCUUAUAUAUUGUCAGGAUCAGGAGCAACAAUAGCAACAGAAAGCUAUAAUAUUAUGUUUAUUCUUGGAAAUGUAAUGCCUCCUAUGAUGAACCCAAUUAUCUACAGUUUUAGAAAUAAAGAAAUAAAUAAAAGCAUUGAAAAACUCUUUUCUAGGAAAACAUUAACUCCUAAAAGGAGAGAAUAAAAUAAAUAUCCCACAUUGAAAUUUAGUAAACUUAUGGAUACCUUUAUAUGGCUGCAAUAUAAAUUAAUGCUUAGA